AAUAGACACACAAAGACAUGCGCACUCAACUUAAUCAGCCAUUUUUUUAAACAGGGCUAAAACGAUAAUAAUUAGCAGAAUAAAGACAUAUCGGAUUUUCAUUUCCUUUCCUCCUUUUCCCAACCCCUUCACAACCAAACAGCGAGACCGCGGCGGGCACAUGCUUUAACUCCUCCCGGACCCCCGAGGACCGCUCCAUGCCCCCCACUUUCUGCUCCAGCGUUUUUUAUUUUCACCCAAUAAAGUUCGAGGAUUAUUUUUUUAUUUUUUUAUUUUUUAUUUUUUUUUUUAAUGAGCCCUCUCGUUUUACUUGGAUGUGAUCAGCUGUAAGUAAAAUAAAAGCAAAACAAAAAAAGAGGCGAAGAUCGCGUAGGAACUGCAGGGGAAAUGGAAAGUCCCUGACAGGCUGGAUGAAAUGAGAUCCCCAUGUAGCGAUUGCCAUGGAAACCUGUGACUCCCCUCCUAUCUCAAGGCAGGAAAAUGGGCAGAGCACGUCAAAGCUGUGCGCAGCGACACAACUGGAUAAUGAGGUGCCAGAGACAGGGGCAGGCAUGGAGCCCGACAGGGAAAGCAGCUCCGCCGAUGGCAACCUGAGCGCCCCGGAGCCGCGCGCCCAGGACGGCUCGCUGGGCCUGGGCCUGGGCCUGGGCGGCGAGCAUGCGGCCGCGCAGGUGGCCGCGGCCAAGGAGAUCCCCUGCCACGAAUGUGCCGCCUCCUUCCCCAGUUUACAGAAGUACAUGGAGCACCACUGCCCCAACGCCCGCCUGCCCGUCCUGCGGGACGACAACGAGAGCGAGGCCAGCGAGCUGGAGGACAGCGACGUGGAGAACCUCACGGGGGAGAUCGUUUACCAGCCCGACGGCUCGGCCUACAUCAUCGAGGACUCCAAAGAGCGCGGGCCGGCCGCCCCGCCGGGGGCCCCGGGCCAGCUCUUCUCGGCGGCCCGGCUGCUGGACUCGCUGGCCGCGGCCGGGGACCAGGGCGAGCCGGCCGCCGCCGCCGCCCCGCUGCCCUUCUACCCGCAGAUCAUCAACACGUUCCAUAUCGCUUCAUCCCUCGGGAAACCAUUGACAGCCGACCCGGCUUUCCCAAAUACCUCAGCGCUCGCAGGCGUGGGGCCUGUGUUGCACAGCUUCCGUGUCUACGAUCUCCGGCACAAGCGAGAGAAAGACUAUCUCACCAGUGACGGCUCGGCCAAAAACUCCUGUGUGUCCAAAGAUGUCCCCAGCAACGUGGACUUGUCCAAGUUCGAUGGCUGCGUGAGCGACGGCAAGAGGAAGCCCGUGCUCAUGUGCUUCCUGUGCAAGCUGUCCUUCGGCUACAUCAGGUCCUUCGUCACCCACGCGGUGCACGACCACCGGAUGACCCUCAACGACGAGGAGCAGAAGCUGCUCGCCAACAAGUGCGUCUCCGCCAUCAUACAGGGGAUCGGCAAAGACAAAGAACCUCUCAUCAGCUUUCUGGAACCAAAAAAAUCCACUUCCGUGUAUCCCCAUUUUUCUACUACAAACCUCAUGGGCCCCGACCCGACCUUCCGCGGCCUCUGGAGCGCCUUCCACGUGGAGAACGGCGACUCGCUGCCGGCCGGCUUCGCCUUCCUGAAAGGCGGCCCGGGCCUGGCGGCGGGUCCCGCGGAGCAGCCGCUGGGGGUCACCCCGAUGCCAAAGGCGGACGUGAACCUGGGGGGGCUGUCUAGUCUCGUCGUGAACACCCCGAUUACCUCUGUCUCCCUCAGCCACCCAUCGUCGGAGUCCAGCAAGAUGUCCGAGGGCAAAGACCCAGAGAACAACUGUGAACGGCCCCAGGGGAGCCCCGCGGGGCCCCCGGGCGGCGAGUGCCCCGUCAAACGCGAGCCCCCCGAGGCGGGCGGCGACGAGGACGAGGAGGACGCCUACUCCAACGACCUGGACGACGAGGAAGGGUUAGGCGAACUCACCGAUAGCAUUGGGAGCAAAGAUUUCCCUCUCUUAAACCAAAGCAUUUCUCCUUUAUCCUCCAGCGUGCUCAAAUUCAUCGACAAGGGCCCCCCGUCCUCCUCCGCGCUGGGCCCCGACGACCCGGAGAAGAAGAAGCCGGCGGCUUCCGUCCGGGCCCAUCCCUACGGCCUGGGUGCCAAGGACUUGGCGGAAGCAGGUGCCAGCAAAGAGGGCGCCGCGGCCGCCCACCCCGGCGACCAGGGCCGGGGCGACGAGGACAGCGCGGCGCCCCCCCACCAGCACGGCUUCGCGCCCAGCGCGCCCGGCACCCCGGGGCCCGGAGGGGACGGCUCCCCGGGCAGCGGCAUCGAGUGUCCCAAGUGCGACACGGUGUUGGGGUCCUCGCGGUCUCUGGGCGGCCACAUGACCAUGAUGCACUCCAGGAACUCCUGCAAGACCCUCAAGUGUCCCAAGUGCAACUGGCACUACAAAUACCAGCAGACCCUGGAGGCCCACAUGAAGGAGAAGCACCCCGAGCCCGGCGGCUCGUGCGUGUACUGUAAGACCGGCCAGCCGCACCCCCGGCUCGCCCGGGGCGAGAGCUACACGUGCGGCUACAAGCCCUUCCGCUGCGAGGUGUGUAACUACUCGACCACGACCAAAGGCAACCUCAGCAUCCACAUGCAGUCGGACAAGCACCUGAACAACGUGCAGAACCUGCAGAACGGCAGCGGCGAGCAGGUGUUCGGCCACGCCGCGCCCGCCCCCAACGCCAGCCUCAGCGGCUGCGGGACCCCCUCCCCGUCCAAACCCAAGCAGAAACCCACCUGGCGCUGCGAGGUGUGUGACUACGAAACCAACGUGGCGAGGAACCUCCGGAUUCACAUGACCAGCGAAAAGCACAUGCACAACAUGAUGCUCUUGCAGCAGAACAUGAAGCAGAUCCAGCAUAACCUGCACCUGGGCCUGGCCCCGGCCGAGGCCGAGCUCUAUCAGUACUACCUGGCCCAGAACAUCGGCCUGACCGGGAUGAAGCUGGAGAACCCGGCCGACCCCCAGCUGAUGCUCAGCCCCUUCCAGCUGGACCCGGCCACGGCGGCCGCCCUGGCCCCCGGACUCGUAAAUAAUGAGCUGCCGCCUGAAAUCCGGCUUGCCAGUGGUCAGCUAAUGGGUGAUGACCUGUCCCUCCUUACUGCAGGAGAGCUGUCACCUUAUAUCAGUGACCCGGCACUGAAGCUCUUCCAGUGUGCUGUGUGCAACAAAUUCACCUCCGACAGCCUGGAGGCCCUGAGCGUGCAUGUGAGCAGCGAGCGCGCUCUCCCUGAAGAGGAGUGGCGGGCUGUAAUUGGAGAUAUCUACCAGUGCAAGCUCUGUAACUACAACACGCAGCUCAAAGCCAACUUCCAGCUCCACUGCAAGACCGACAAACACAUGCAGAAGUACCAGCUGGUGGCUCACAUUAAAGAAGGAGGCAAAACCAACGAGUGGAGGCUCAAGUGCAUCGCCAUUGGCAACCCCGUCCACCUGAAGUGCAACGCCUGCGACUACUACACCAACAGUGUGGAUAAGUUACGCCUGCACACCACCAAUCACAGGCACGAGGCGGCCCUGAAGCUCUACAAGCACCUGCAAAAGCAAGAGAGUGCGGUCAAUCCCGAGUCCUGCUAUUACUACUGUGCCGCGUGCGAUUACUCCACCAAGGUCAAGCUGAACCUGGUGCAGCACGUGCGCUCGGUGAAGCAUCAGCAGACCGAGGGCCUGCGCAAGCUCCAGCUCCACCAGCAAGGCCUCGCCCCCGAGGACGACAACCUCGGCGAGAUCUUUUUUGUGAAAGACUGCCCACCAAGUGAGCUCGAAUCUGCCUCUUUGGGAGCCAGGACCUGUGAGGAUGACCUGUCGGAGCAGCAGCUGAGAGUGACCUCAGAAGAACCAAGUGAGGAGGCAGAAGGGCCUCUUAAGCCGACACCGGUGGCCGAAGAGGAUGAGAAAGACACAAAUGAGAGAGACCCUGGUGAAGGCAAAAACUCCUCCAGUAAAGACCCCGGAAUAAUCACACCAGAAAAGGAGCUAAAAGUCAGUGUGGCGGGUGUGACCCCGCCACUCCUGCUGGCAAAGGAAGAAGAUGUCACAACAAAACGAUCAAAAGCUACAGAGGACAAUAAAUUCUGUCACGAUCAGUUCUAUCAGUGUCCUUAUUGUAACUACAAUAGUAGGGACCAAAGUCGCAUCCAGAUGCAUGUCCUGUCGCAGCACUCGGUGCAGCCGGUCGUCUGCUGUCCCCUCUGCCAGGACGUCCUCAGCAACAAGAUGCACCUGCAGCUGCACUUGACGCACCUGCACAGCGUCUCCCCGGACUGCGUGGAGAAGCUGCUCAUGACAGUGCCUGUGCCCGAUGUGAUGAUGCCAAACAGUUUGCUGCUGCCCGCAGCUGCCUCUGAGAAAUCAGAGCGGGACACGCCUGCAGCCGGCACAGCCGAGGGGUCGGGGAAGUAUUCAGGCGAGAGUCCAAUGGAUGACAAAAGUAUGGCAGGUCUUGACGAUGCAAAGGCCAGCGUGGAAAUAAAGAGCGAGGAGCAGAAACCAGCUAAAGAAGCCAUGGAUGUGUCCGAAUGGAACAAAAAUGGCAGCAAGGAUGUGAAAAUCCCCGACACCCUACCAGAUCCACUCAGUGAGCAGCAGAAGCGGCAGCCGCUAUCGGUUUCCGACCGCCACGUGUACAAGUACCGCUGUAACCACUGCAGCCUGGCCUUCAAGACGAUGCAGAAGCUUCAGAUCCAUUCCCAGUACCACGCGAUCCGGGCCGCCACCAUGUGUAAUCUCUGCCAGCGGAGCUUCCGUACAUUCCAGGCUUUAAAAAAACACCUGGAAGCGGGCCACCCCGAGCUGAGCGAAGCCGAGCUCCAGCAGCUGUACGCCUCCCUGCCCGUGAACGGAGAGCUCUGGGCCGAGAGCGAGGCCCUGGCCCCGGACGACCACGCCCUGGAGCAGGAAAUGGAGAGGGAGUACGAGGUCGACCAGGAGGGGAAGGCGAGUCCCGUGGGGAGUGACAGCAGCUCCAUUCCUGAUGACAUGGGCUCUGAACCAAAGCGGACCUUGCCCUUCAGAAAAGGGCCCAACUUUACGAUGGAAAAGUUCCUCGACCCUUCCCGCCCGUAUAAAUGUACAGUGUGUAAAGAGUCCUUCACCCAGAAGAACAUCCUCUUGGUCCAUUAUAAUUCCGUUUCUCAUCUGCAUAAGUUGAAAAAGGUGUUGCAGGAGGCCUCCAGUCCCGUUCCUCAAGAAACCAGCAGCGGCGCCGACAACAAACCCUACAAGUGCAGCAUCUGCAACGUCGCCUACAGCCAAAGCUCGACCUUGGAAAUCCACAUGCGGUCGGUGCUCCACCAGACCAAGGCCCGGGCCGCCAAGCUGGAGCCCGGCGGCCACGGCCUCGCAGCCAGCGUGGGCAGUCCCGGCCCAGGGAUGUUGGAGUCCAUGAGUUUAGCCUCCGUCAGCAGCAAAGAUACCCACUUAGAUGCCAAAGAAUUAAAUAAAAAGCAAACUCCGGAACUCCUGUCCGCGCAGCCCCCGCACCACCCGCCGCAGUCACCAGCACAGAUUCAGAUGCAGCUCCAGCACGAGCUGCAGCAGCAGGCGGCCUUCUUCCAGCCGCAGUUUCUCAACCCCGCCUUCCUGCCGCAUUUCCCCGUGACCCCCGAGGCCCUGCUGCAGCUCCAGCAGCCUCAGUUUCUCUUCCCUUUCUACAUCCCGGGCACGGAGUUCAGCCUGGGGCCGGAGUUGGGCCUGCCCGGCUCUGCCGCGUUCGGGAUGCCCGGCAUGACGGGCAUGGCCGGAUCCUUGCUCGAAGACUUGAAGCAGCAGAUUCAGACGCAGCAUCACGUCGGCCAAACCCAGCUGCAGCUCCUGCAGCAGCAAGCACAGCAGUACCAGGCCGCGCAGCCCCCGCUGGCGUCCCAGAAGCCGCCCCCGCCGCAGCCGGCCCCCCAGCCCGCCGGCAAGCUCCCCAAACCGGACCCAGCCAGCCUGGCGGGGGCCGAAGGCCCGGCCGCCAAGGAGGGGCCCUCUUACAAGGAGGCCGAAGAGAGUGCGGAAAAGCAAGACAAACCAAAGCCAGAAUUUACCAGCGAAGGGGAAGGACUCAAAGAAGGCAAAGACUCCAAGAAGCCCAAGUCCCUGGAACCAGCCAUCCCGCCGCCGAGGAUCGCCUCCGGGGCCAGGGGGAAUGCGGCCAAGGCCCUGCUGGAGAACUUCGGGUUCGAGCUGGUCAUCCAGUACAACGAGAACCGGCAGAAGGUGCAGAAGAAGGGCCGCGGCGGGGACGGGGACAGCUCGGACAAGCUGGAAUGCGGGACGUGUGGGAAACUCUUCUCCAACGUCCUCAUUUUAAAGAGCCACCAGGAGCACGUGCACGGGCAGUUUUUCCCCUACGGAGCCCUCGAGAGAUUCGCUCGCCAGUACCGGGAGGCAUAUGACAAGCUUUACCCGAUUUCGCCACCUUCGCCAGAGACGCCACCUCCGCCGCCUCCUCCCCCGCUGCCCCCGGCGCCCCCGCAGCCUGCCCCCCUGGGGCCAGUGAAGAUGCCCAGCUCCGUGUCCGCCCCCCUGCAGGCGCCACCCCCCACGCCGCCCCCGCCCCCGCCGCCCCCUCCGCCCCCACCGCCUCCCCCGCCGCCGCCGCCCUCGGCCCCCCCGCAGGUCCAGCUGCCCGUGUCCCUGGACCUCCCGCUCUUCCCCUCCAUCAUGAUGCAGCCCGUGCAGCACCCGGCGCUCCCCCCGCAGCUGGCCCUGCAGCUGCCGCAGAUGGACGCGCUGUCCGCCGACCUCACCCAGCUGUGCCAGCAGCAGCUCGGGCUCGACCCCACCUUCCUGCGGCACUCGCAGUUCAAGCGCCCGCGGACCAGGAUCACGGACGACCAGCUCAAGAUCCUGAGGGCGUACUUCGACAUCAACAACUCCCCGAGCGAGGAGCAGGUGCAGGAGAUGGCGGAGAAGUCGGGCCUCUCGCAGAAGGUCAUCAAGCACUGGUUCCGCAACACGCUCUUCAAGGAGCGGCAGCGCAACAAGGACUCGCCCUACAACUUCAGCAACCCGCCCGUCACGGUGCUGGAGGACCUGCGCCUGGACCCGCCGCCCGCCGCCCUGGAGCACUACAAGGCCGACGCCGCUUUCAGCAAGAGGUCGUCCCGCACCCGGUUCACCGACUACCAGCUGCGGGUCCUGCAGGACUUUUUUGACACCAACGCUUACCCCAAAGACGACGAGAUCGAGCAGCUCUCCACCGUCCUCAACCUCCCCACCCGGGUCAUCGUGGUGUGGUUCCAGAACGCGCGGCAGAAGGCCCGCAAGAGCUACGAGAACCAGGCCGAGGCCAAGGACAGCGAGAAGCGCGAGCUGACGAACGAGCGGUACAUCCGCACCAGCAACAUGCAGUACCAGUGCAAGAAGUGCUCCGUGGUGUUCCCCCGCAUCUUCGACCUGAUCACGCACCAGAAGAAGCAGUGCUACAAGGACGAGGACGACGACGCGCAGGACGAGAGCCAGACCGAAGACUCCAUGGACGCCACGGACCAGGUGGUGUACAAGCACUGCUCGGCCUCCGGCCCCGCGGACGCGGCCAAAACCGCCACGGCCCCGGCGGCCAGUUCCGGCUCCGGGGCGAGCACCCCUCUCAUUCCGUCCCCCAAACCGGAGCCCGAGAAGACCUCCCCCAAACCUGACUAUCCCCCAGAAAAGCCAAAGCAGAGCGACCCCGCCCCCCCGGCUCCCGGCACCAAGCCGGCCCCGCCCUCGGCGCCCACCUCCUCGGACCCUCCGCCGGCCCCGCCCCAGCCCCCCAAGCAGCCCCCGCUGGUGGGCAGACCCCCCUCGGCCUCGCAGACGCCGGUGCCGUCCAGCCCCCUGCCGCUGUCCAUGACGCCGCUCCCGAACAGCCUACCUCCGCAGCUGCUGCAGUACCAGUGCGACCAGUGCGCCGUGGCCUUCCCGAGCCCGGAGCUCUGGCAGGAGCACCAGCACAUGCAUUUCCUCGCCGCGCAGAACCAGUUCCUCCACUCGCCCUUCCUGGAGCGGCCCCUGGACAUGCCCUACAUGAUCUUCGACCCCAACAGCCCCCUGAUGACCGGCCAGCUGCUGAGCGGCUCCCUGGCGCAGAUGGGCCCCCAGACGGGGGCCUCCCACCCCGCGGCCCCCGCCACCGUGGCCGCGUCCCUGAAGCGGAAGCUGGAGGACAAGGAGGACCAGACGUGCAGCGAGAAGGAGGGCGGCCCCAGCGGCGAGGACCAGCACCGCGACAAGCGCCUGCGGACCACCAUCACCCCCGAGCAGCUGGAGAUCCUCUACGAGAAGUACCUGCUGGACUCCAACCCCACCCGCAAAAUGCUGGACCACAUCGCGCGGGAGGUGGGGCUGAAGAAACGCGUGGUGCAGGUCUGGUUCCAGAACACGCGCGCCCGGGAGCGGAAGGGCCAGUUCCGGGCCGUGGGGCCGGCCCAGUCGCACAAGCGGUGCCCCUUCUGCCGCGCCCUGUUCAAGGCCAAGUCGGCCCUGGAGAGCCACAUCCGCUCUCGGCACUGGAACGAGGGGAAGCAGGCGGGGUACAGCCUGCCCCCCAGCCCUCUGAUAGCGGCGGACGAGGGCGGGGAGAGCCCCCAGAAAUACAUCUACUUUGACUACCCGUCUUUGCCGCUCACUAAAAUCGACCUGUCGAGCGAGAAUGAGUUGGCUUCGACCGUGUCCACGCCCGUGAGCAAGACGGCCGAGCUGUCCCCCAAGAACCUGCUCAGCCCUUCUUCCUUCAAAGCAGAGGGCCCCGAGGACGGGGAGAACCUGGGCGCCCCUCCCGCCGAGGCCGGGUACGACCAGAGCAAGACCGAUUUCGAUGAGACGUCGUCCAUCAACACGGCCAUCAGCGACGCCACCACGGGCGACGAGGGCAACGCCGAGGUGGAAAGCACCCUGGGCGGUUCUGGAGACGGGAAGCCGGCUCUGUCGCCGAAAGAGCCCAAAACUCUUGACGCUUUGCCAAAAACAGCAACCACACCCACCGCAGAGGUCUGCGAGGAGAAAUUCCUCUUCUCCCUCACCAGCCCCUCCAUGCAUUUCAACGACAAAGACGGUGACCAUGACCAAAGCUUUUACAUCAUGGAUGACCCCGAUGACAACGCCGACCGCAGUGAAACGUCCAGCAUCGCUGACCCGAGUUCCCCAAAUCCUUUUGGGUCCAGCAACCCUUUCAAAUCCAAAAAUAACGACCGCCCGGGGCACAAGCGUUUCCGGACUCAGAUGAGCAACCUGCAGCUCAAGGUCCUCAAGGCGUGCUUCGGAGACUACCGCACGCCCACCAUGCAGGAGUGCGAGAUGCUGGGCAACGAGAUCGGCCUGCCCAAGCGCGUGGUCCAGGUGUGGUUCCAGAACGCACGGGCCAAGGAGAAGAAAUUUAAAAUCAACAUCGGGAAGCCGUUCAUGAUCAAUCAGAGCGGGACCGAAGGCACCAAGCCAGAGUGCACGCUGUGCGGGGUGAAGUAUUCCGCCCGCUUGUCCAUCAGAGAUCACAUCUUCUCCAAACAGCACAUCGCAAAGGUGAGGGAGACCGUGGGGAGCCAGCUGGACCGGGAGAAGGAUUACUUGGCUCCGACCACCGUUCGGCAGCUGAUGGCGCAGCAAGAACUGGACCGGAUCAAGAAAGCGUCAGAUGUGCUGGGCUUGGCGGUGCAGCAGCCCAGCAUGGUGGACAGCGGCCCCCUCCACGGCAUCGGCCUCCCGGCUGCCUACCCGGGACUCCCUGGGCUUCCUCCGGUCCUUCUCCCCGGAAUGAACGGCCCAUCCUCCUUGCCCGGGUUCCCACAGAAUUCAAACACUUUAACGCCUCCCGGUGCAGGCAUGCUUGGGUUUCCCACUUCAGCAACUUCGUCUCCUGCCCUGUCUCUCAGCAGUGCCCCCACCAAACCUUUGCUGCAGACUUUACCACCUCCACCACCUCCUCCUCCUCCAUCCUCUCUGUCAGCACAGCAGACCGAGCCGCAGAACAAAGAAUCGGAGAAAAAGCAAAGUAAGCCAAACAAGGUCAAAAAAAUCAAAGAGGAGGA